AUGCCACUUGAUGGACUUUUGGUGCUUCUUCGAAAUCUACAUUUCAACUCAGGCAAGAACCAGGAUGACAGGCUGCACAAAAUAUGCCCUAUUGUAGUGGCUGAAAAUUUCAGAACGAUGUAUGUCCCCACACAACACAUUUGUACAAAUGAGAGUUUGUGGAAAUUCAAGGGAAGGAUCCGAUUCGAACCAUACAACCUGACCAAGUGUGCCCAGUUUGGAAUCGAGGUUUAUAAUGUAUGCCAGACAACUGGCAGAGCUUGUGGGUACAUUUGGACUUACAAAAUCUACACUGGUCAGGACAGAUUGGUUCUUUCAGUGUCUAUUCGAGCAUCAACUGAUGUCAUGUUGUUGCUGAAUGAAAACUUGUUUGACAAAGGCUACAAUUUUUAUAUGGACAACUGGUUUUCCAGUCCAGACCUCUUCCUGCAGAUGAGGAGGACUAAUUCCUGUGGGACUGUGAAGAUGCACAGGAAAAACAUGCCACCAGAUCUUCAGAAGAUAAAACUUCUAAGUGGGAAGCAGUAUACCAAUGCACUGAUAUUGGCAUUCUUGUUCUAG